AUGUUUGCCUUGGUGUUUGGGCUGCAACUGGUGGAGAUAGACACUAAGCAUGACAUCUACAUACUGGUCAGCAACCGGCCAGGCCUGGAUGGGGAGAACCUAAAGCAGGACAAUCGCACGGCCAAACUGGGCCUCGUCACCGUCAUCCUCAGCUUCAUCUACAUGAGGGGCAAUGCUGCUAAGGAGUCUGAUGUGUGGGAGAUGUUGAAGAAACUGCGAGUUGAACCCGGAAAGAGACACAAGGUCUUUGGGAACGUCAGGGAGUUGGUGACUGUGCAAUUUGUCCCGCAAAAGUACCUGGAGUACAGCCGCAUGCCCAACACGGACCUGGCCGAGUUUCAGUUCCAGUGCGGGCUGCCGGCCACCAAGGAGACCUGCAAGAUGCAGAUCCUGCACUUUGUCGCCAAGAUCCAGAGCAAGGACCCCACAGCCUGGACCAGCCAGUACAAUGAAGCAGCAGCUGCAGAGGGCCUGUCCCACCACACUAGUGCCCCUGGAGAUGCUGGGGGCCAGCCGGGGGGCACACAGAAGGAAGCAGUCAGCCUGGUCCACUUCACCCACAGGUGCUCCACCCCAUGGCGCCUUGUGAACCAGCAGCCCUUGGGAGCGGGGGCCUCUGCCCACGCGGAGCCCAGUGUCCAAGGAUUCAGUGGGACACUGCCUUUGCCCUCCUGAUCCCAGUGCCCCCCUGGCACAGCAGCUGUAGAGAUCCCUCCUCACCUUUCUGGGGAGGGGCCCAGGAAGCUUGUGCAAACCCCUCUCUCCCAAGUCGCCCCGCAGUGGGUUUCUUCUGCACAGAGGGCCCAGCGGUGACCUCUCACCCUUGUAAUUCACCCCACAUUACUUUCAAAUAAAGCCCCCAACCCCUGUUAGUGGUGGGGGUCAAUUGUGUUACUCGUGGGGUCUUUGCAACAGGCAGCUGGGGAGCCCCAGUUCUUAGCAUUGCAUAGCUGAGUGGGUCCAUUACCUGACAGCUGGGGCUGUGUCUGCUGCUGCUGCUGCAGUGCCUCCCAGUGGUAUUAAUGCCCCAUGGCAAUCACGGAGCCUUGCCGUGUGGUUACGCUCAGGGCAGCUCCCCUCUUGCCGAGCAAUUGGCUCAGGCUCUCUGCAGACUCAGGCAGUGUUGCUCCAGGGAAGCUCCCCACCCUUGCCGAGUGACUGACUCAGGCUUGCUGUGGGCUAGAAACUAAUUGAAAGCCGAGCUCAUGUGGCUAUCUGUGACUUCAGGAGCCGGGGCCCAAGGCCUCGAUCUAGCCCCACCACCAUCCUGGGGACAACAGCACUGACUACACAGCCUUGGCAAAGGAGAGAGCCGGCUUUAUUGGGCGCGAGCAGUUAAUAGUGGGGGGGCACCGUCCCCAGUGCUUCCUCAGGCUCCCGUGUCACGUCGACAUUCUGCAACGAGAUCCGGGGG